AUGGCCGAAAACGAGGUGGAUCUCGAUUCCAUCAUAGAUAGACUGCUCGAGGUGCGAGGCAGCAGGCCGGGGAAGCAGGUUCAGCUGCUGGAGACGGAGAUCCGAUAUCUCUGCACCAAGGCUCGCGAGAUCUUCAUUUCGCAGCCCAUCCUACUAGAGCUGGAGGCGCCGAUAAAGAUUUGCGGCGAUAUACACGGCCAAUACUACGAUUUGCUGCGCCUGUUCGAGUAUGGCGGCUUCCCGCCCGAAGCAAACUAUCUCUUCCUCGGAGACUAUGUCGACCGUGGCAAGCAAUCUUUGGAGACCAUCUGCUUGUUGCUCGCAUACAAGAUCAAGUACCCCGAAAACUUUUUCAUUCUGCGCGGAAACCACGAGUGCGCGUCCAUCAACCGCAUCUACGGCUUCUACGACGAGUGCAAGAGAAGGUACAACAUCAAGCUGUGGAAGACGUUCACGGAUUGCUUCAACUGCCUGCCAAUUGCUGCAAUCAUCGACGAGAAGAUCUUCACCAUGCAUGGAGGAUUGAGCCCCGACUUGAACUCGAUGGAGCAGAUUCGCCGGGUUAUGAGGCCGACGGAUGUAAAAUGCCUUUGGCAUCCGUCUAGAUCCGCCGUCUCUCAAACUGAUUCUAAUCUAUCGCAGAUUCCGGAUUGCGGUCUUCUCUGCGAUCUUCUCUGGUCUGACCCCGAUAAGGACAUCACGGGCUGGAGCGAAAACGAUCGAGGCGUCUCCUUCACAUUCGGCCCAGAUGUUGUGUCCCGGUUCCUGCAGAAGCACGACAUGGACCUCAUCUGCCGUGCCCAUCAGGUUGUCGAGGACGGGUAUGAGUUCUUCUCGAAACGACAGCUCGUUACGCUAUUCAGCGCGCCGAACUAUUGUGGCGAGUUUGACAACGCGGGCGCCAUGAUGAGUGUGGACGAGAGUCUGCUCUGCUCAUUCCAGAUCCUGAAGCCAGCAGAAAAGAAGCAAAAGUACGUUCCCAAGUUAGGCAGGCCGAUGUCCCCGCGUCUGGAGAGGGGACCUCUCAAAUGA